GCAUUUGAAGAGCGCUGAUUUGGGUUUUAAGCGUUACUCAGGUUGUAUGUUAGUUAGGUUGUUGAACGGUAGUGAUACGAGGUGGUAUUAUCAAACUUCAAAUCAUUUAGGUUUCCCUGUGUAAUAACUUUUAGAUGUACCUAUAAACUCGAAGCACGACACCUAACCGGUGUUCACCAGAGCUACCCACUAUCCCCAUUCUCACCUACUUUAACCAUUAAUGCGAUCUUUGUUGUAAUAACAUUUCCAACCACCUUUUCAGAAGUUCAAUAUCCUACCAUAUGAUUCACUUGACUUAGAACACAAGGAUCACAUAGUUCUGCUUGGUGAAGACACUGACAAAGUGCAAGGUCUUCUAAUCACUCUGAGCAAUAACGCAAGAUCAUUUAAAAUGUGUUUUGUCUCUCAAAUACAAAAUGUUGCUUUAGGACUGGUCUAAACCAACACCUAAACUAAUGAUAGUCUGUGAAGUAGUUUAGUUCAUUGACCACUUCAUUUAUCUAAGUGGUCUAGUCAGCUGUGAUGUGUUUGUGUCUGGUGAUGUGGCGUUACGAAUCCGGAAAGUUCGGUUGACUUUUGGUCAAUUGUGUCACUUGUGGUGUAUGUGGAGUGUCCAUCUACCGACUAAAGGACAAGUAUACUGGACAGUAACUUGUCCUAUCCUACUUUAUUGUUGUGAAGGAUAGUCUAUGAAAAUAGAUAUGAGUAGGCCGAAUGGUUUUUGAUCAUGGGAGCUUUGAAGCAUUGCUUGCGUUUCUCCGAACGACCGAGUUAGCAAUGUUGAUGUCUGACAAAUGUGUCAGAUUGGUCGGUGAGUCUAUAAAUCUUCACUGACUAAAGUAGUUAGGACAUAUGUUACGUAGGACCAAUCACUGCCUGCCUCAAAGAGUAAUGCUUGCUGGUGCAGUAUUAGGUUGGAAGAAAGAUAGGGGUGACCAAACAAGGACGUGGCAUCAGCCUAUAAAGUCACAGACUGUUGUCUGAACUAUGUAGGCAGAUGCAAACUACUUGUUUGAGUCCACAUGAUAACCGCCACCAGCGAUCGGAGACUUUAAAUGACAGCUCAGAAUAAUUCACAACGACGAGGCAAAAUAUCUCCCUAAGAAAACCACCUGCUUGUGUUUGGGCGCCUGGGUAUUAUUCCAGCCCUCAUAAAUCAAAUUAUUUUUGUGGCGCAUAUAUAUUUGGUGCCUCCUUGUGCCAAUGUGUUUAAAUAAAUGGAUAAAAUGCAUUUAGUCCCUAGCUACCUCUUGGUUUCAGACUUCAGUAUCCCUUCAUCCAGAACUUUCCUGUCUUGUCAAACAAUAUUCUCAAUGCUUAAUCUUCUGGUUUGUCACUUCUACAUUACUUCUGUCUUUUUAUCUCGUCGUGCUAACCAUGUAUGAGUACGUCGGGAGGAUUCAGUGUAACAAGUCUGGUACAUAUUUUGUUACUCAGCUUUGAGGCAUAUUAUGUGAGCCUAGGGAUGACGCCCCGCUACCCAAACAAAGACGGACCAGGGUUCAAAUCUGUAAUCUAGUGGUUUCUAAGACAGUGGUUUUAAUCAGCAGGCCACUGUUGCACAUUUAACAUCUUAGUGCUACUUGUAUGAGGUUUAGCAUUGGGAUGUUAUCAGUAGAUUAAAGCUUUUAGAUAAUUUUGCAUCCAGAGACUACGACUAAUUCACAAAAUACAGUGUUUAUAGACAAUAUGUUUUCGGUAUCUCAUAAAUGGUUUCGCUUCCCGCUUUUAUAGGAGUUUGUAGAUAGUAGGAAUAUGCGUUUAUGCUCGGUCUUACAAUCAGUUACCCAUCUCAAAUUACUCAUACUGGAGCUUAGAUUUAAUCUUCCAUCAAUCCACCCGGGUCUAGUAAAUUUGAAGACCAGUGUGUCAAAUUAUUACACAGGGAUUCGAAAAAGUAUGUCUCUUUAUCACACUUUGUAUUUUACGGAGUCUCUUGUAAAUUGAAUAGGUUUUUGAUUAAACAAACCAUGCACAAAGUGUAACCUUUUAGAGCUAUUAUUAAAAUUAUCAAUGAAAUUAACUGGUUGAUGUAUUUGUUGAAACCUCUAAGAUAAAGUAUUUUAUCGUGUUCUUCACCGCAGAAAUGAAAUCUGGCUCCAAAAUACAAUAAUUUACACCUCUAGAUACGUACAACGUUUAUUUACCAUGUUGACUUAUCAUCGUCUGUUAAAAACUUCAAGAAAAGAUGCUAGUUCCGGAUUAUGGUUGGGACUUAUCGUCCCUGCUUUAUUACUUAAAACAGACAAUAAAGCACUCGCUUACGAAUUUUUUCUAUCUUUAAUUACUGUACUUUUCUUAACGAAGAAUAGUCAUUUUAAACAUGCUGUCAUUCCUAUAUGUAUAUGGCUGAAUUGUCAACAUUUUCACCAUGUUAGUACGGUGAUUCGCCCUUUGUUUACAGUUAUGUUUGUUUUAUUUUUUUCUUACAAAUUACUAAGUCUAUUCCCUUUUUCGUUUACGUUUGGUGAAACUAUACUACUUGCUCAACUUUCUGCAAUAUUUCUUCUUACUGAAUGUAAUUUUGUAGUACCAUUUUUAAUACUCUUUCUAAUUGAACGAUAUUGUAUUAGAUUCUCAGUGAAAAUUGCUUUUUUUGUGUUAAUAACACUUACUAUUUUGACUGGAUGCUUUUGGAUUUACGCUUGUCGUGUAAAGAUAGCUACUAGUUUCAUUAUCAAUCAAAUUGAAUGCUUUAUUGUGUCAACUAAUUUCAUUUUAUUGAUAUUUUGGCUAUGCUUAUUUAUGCUAUGUGUUUAUAUUACUAUUGUUUAUCGUUGUUCUGAUCAUAACACUUAUCGAAUCAUGAAUAGUAGUACAGUUAAGCCAGAAUUUUGUGAUAGUUCAAUUGUAUUAUCCGAUGAAUUGAGCCUGUCUGACCAAAGUGAAUAUUAUGAAUUAUUUAGCGAAAAUGAAUUCAUUAGAAAUAGUCGUACAACGUGUGAUUUAUUAUAUGAUGACAAAGAAGAAACGUUUCAACUUCGUAAACUAUUUCAUUUUGCUGCUGGUAUUGUAUAUUCAUCUGGCUUGCUCUAUUCACCAUAUCUUCUUUCAUUGAUGUCUGUCGCAUUACUUAUUGUAUUUUGGUGUUUUGAAUGGAUCCGAAGGCGAGGGCCAUCUACUCUUUCCUCCUACCUUAGUACUUUGGUUAAUCCAUUUCGUGAUAAACGAGAUUCUGGUGACAUUCUAUUCACACCUAUUGCUCUUUUACUCGGUUUAAGUAUUCCUGUUUGGUGGCCACAAAAUAGAAAUACUAAUGGGAGUAUAAUUAGUAUUGGCAACUUAUGUUACGAAUUGGAUGUGAAGCCGUCAUCAUGGUCAGGAGUUCUAUCAAUAGCUAUAGGCGAUAGUUUUGCUGCAUUAAUUGGACGAGCUUAUGGUAAGCGUCGUUGGCCUGGAUCACAUCGAACAUAUCUAGGAUCUUUCGCUUCUUUCUUUUCUCAAAUGAUUGCAUGGACAAUAAUAUCAUAUUAUUAUUCAUGGUAUUGGUUAACCGGUAUUAUUCCUUUAUUCAUCGGUGUACUUAUUGAAGCAUAUAUUGAUCAAAUUGAUAAUUUAGUUAUACCAUUGAUUGUUAUGCUUAUUUUUCAUAGUUUAUAA